AUUCAGAAAGAUCUCAAGCUCCAAAGAGAAAAACAAAAAAUUGCUGAAAAGAAUAACCACCAAGACAAUUUUAGCCCAGAGAACCCAAACAACAAUGAGAUGCAAAUUUCCUCUGAAUCUGCAGAAACAUCCUCUACUAAAACUGCAGAAGCUAGCAGCCAAAACAUAAGCUCUUCAAACGAAGACAACUCAACAAAAACCUCUAUAGAAGCUACCACAGAAACUAAGACAAAAGAAACUGACGAAUCUGGCCUCACAAAAAUGGUCGAGAACUCAGACUCAGAAAAAGAUAACAACAUGGAAGAGGUUACCUUCAGUAUUGUAACCUCUAAGAAACGUAAAAAGAAGAAUAGCCCAAAAACUGGCAACUCCUCUUCAGAACGACCAGGGAAAAGCUCUACUCAGAGCUUCCCUUAA